GGCCAGUGCAUACGCCUGUGCUUGUGCUUUACUAGUUCUAAGGCUGGUGCUGGUGCUGGUGCUGGUUCUGGUGCUAGUACUGAUGUGGGUGCGUGGGCUGGUCCUAGUGCUAGUGCUGCUGACUGUGUUGGUGCUGGUGCUGGCGCUGGUGCUGGCGCUGUCGCUGGUGCUGGUGCUGGUGCUGGCGCUGGUGCUGGUGCUGAGGCUUGGGCUGGUGCUGUUGCUUGUGUCGGUGCUUCUGCUGGUGCUGGUGUAGGUGCUGGUGCUGGCGUUUGUGCCUGUCCUGGUGCUCAUGCUGGUGCUGGUGCUGGUGCUUGUGCUGGUACAGGUGCUUGUGCUGGUUCUGGUGCUGGUGCUUGUGCUGGUGCUUGUACUGGUGCUUUUGAUGGAGCUUGGGCCUGUGCUAAUGUUUGUGCUGGUGCUACUGCUGGUACCGGCGCUUUUGCUGGUGGUGGUGCUGAUGCUGGUUCUAAUGCUUCUGCUGUUGCUGGUGUCGGUGCUGGUGCUGGCGCUCGUGCCCGUACUGUUGCUCAUGGGGGAGCUGGUGCUGGUGCUUGUACUGGAACAGGGGCCUGUGCUGAUACCUUUACUAGUGCUGGAGCUGGUGCUGGUGCUGGUUCUGUUGCUAGUUCUGAUGCUGUUGCUAGUGCUUGUGCUUGUUCCUGCCCUGGUGCCUAGUUCCGGUGCUGGUGGUGGUGCUCGUGGUGGUGCUGGUGUUGGUGCUGGUGCUGAUGUUGGUGCUUGUGCUUCUGCUGGUGCUGGUGCUAAUGCUGGUUCUGAUGCUAGUGCUAGUGCUGGUGGUCGUACCGGUUCUUGUGCUGGUGCUUUGGCCUGUACCAACGUUUGUGCUUGUGCUUGUACUAGUUCUAAGGCUAGUGCUUGUGCUUGUGUUGGUGCUGGUGCUUCUGCUCCUGCAAGUGCUUGUCCUGUUGUUUAUGCUGUUGCUGGCGCUUCUGCCUAUCCUGGUUCUUAGGCUGGUGCUUGUGCAGGUGGCGGUUCUGGUGGUGGUGCUGGUGCUUUUGCUUGUGCUUCUACUAGCGCUGAUGGUUGUGCUGGUACCGGUUCUUGUGCUGGUGCUAUUGCUUAUGCUGGUGCUUGUGGUUCAGCUGAUACUGGUGCUAGUGUGGUGCUGAUGCUGGUUCUUGUGCUGGUGCUAUUGCUUAUGCUGGUGCUUGUGGUUCAGCUGAUACUGGUGCUAGUGUGGUGCUGAUGCUGGUUCUGAUGCUUCUGCUGGUGCAGGUGCUGGUGUCGGUGCUGGUGCUGGCGCUUGUGCCUGUCCUAGUGAUCAUCCUAGUGCUGGUGCUUGUGCUGGAACAGGCUCUGGUGCUGGUGCUUAUGCUGAUACUUGUAUUGGUGCCAGUGCUGAU